CAUCUCCCAGCACCAUUAUACGCCCGCAGCUCAGCCCCGUCUCCCCUCACCAUUUGCUUUCGAUGGCAAUUCCCCGGGCCCGUUUGCUCCAGGACAGGGGCCUGACGCAUCGCAAGAUCCCAUGAUGGCUCUGAUGCAGCAGAUGAUGGGUGGUGCAGGCGGUCCAGGACAGCCAGGAGCAGGACCUGGCGAUCUGCCCCCAGGUCUGGCAAACAUUUUCUCUGCCGUAAACGGAGGGGCCGCUGCCGAGCCGUCACCGCAGCAAUCGUCUGCUUGGAUCUGGCGCCUUGUGCACUCGGUCUUCUCGUUAGGUCUUGCCAUCUACAUCGUCCUACAAACCCCGUUCACGGGAGCGAAGCUGUCACGCGACAACAUCCUCGACGAUGACUGGACCGCCCAGUCCACCCCUGCCCAAAAUUUCGCCCAUUUCUUCUACCUCUUCGCCACCUUCGAGGUCAUUGUACAGUCGUCACGCUACUUUAUCGAGAAAGGCCAACUACAGGGUAGCGGCAUUCUCAGCACGGUCGCAGGCAUACUUCCACCACCCUACUCCAACUACGUGCGCACUGUCGGCAGGUACAGCGUCAUAUACAGCACAGUCGUCAGCGACGCCAUGGUGGUCGUAUUCGUACUGGGUGCUACGAGCUGGUGGCGAGGUGCUGCUGUUGCUUGAACAACAAGUGUUUUCGCAUAUCUAGACAAAUGGUACAACCGUCCUCCAAAUACCCGGUUCUCGUUCUGUGAUCACGGCAUACAAUGCUCUCCUGUAGCUAACAAGCAACCAAUCAGUACUCUCUCGGAAGCAAAACAACGAGACACGAGAUCCCAAAGCAGGAGUGA